AUGGUGGGCGGGGCUUUCAGCGUCUCAGGCAACGGUUUUCUUGCAGAUUUUUUUUUAAACAAAGUCUCAGAAAAACAAAAACAAGCGGAUAAAGAAUUAAAGAAGAGAGUGGAGCUCCAGCCCAGUCCAGCAUGGAGCAGGCAGAGGAUCAGAGCAGCUCGGGUUCCUCCAGCAGCAGCAGUACAGGCUCCGGGGGAAACACUCGCCCUGCACAGAUCUCUCAGAUGUCUCUGUACGAACGACAAGCUGUACAGGCUCUGCAGGCUCUCCAGCGACAGCCGAAUGCAGCUCAGUAUUUCCAGCAGCUGAUGCUUCAGCAGCAGAUUAACAGUGCUCAGCUUCACAACCUCGCUGCUGUUCAACAGGCCACGCUUGCUGCCAGUCGACAGUCCAGUUCUCCGAACACCAGCGUCUCUGCAGUGAGCACAGCACAGUGCACUGGUAACUUAAGCACCACUUCGGGGGGUGGGACUAUGACGAACCCCCGCCCAGUCGGCCCAGCGACAUCUGUGACAUCGUCUGCUCUUAGCCAAUCAGUGUUACUGGGUGGGAACUCGGCAGGUCAGGGACAGAUGUACCUGAGAGUGAAUCGCUCUCUCAGGGCUCCUCAGCUCAUCUUCAUGCCUGGUGGCACAGCAACAGCUGCUGUGGCGACCGUUGCCCAGCAACAACCUCAGCAACAACCACAGCAGUCCCAGCAGCAGCAACAGGAAGUCCCACCCACAUCUUCCAGUAACCAGUCAGAUAGUGACCAGGUGCAGAAUCUCGCCCUGCGCUGUGCUUCUACCCCCCGAGCGGCUGCCGUUAAGACUGAAUACCCUGACAGGAAGGAUUCCAGUUCGUUCUCUCUCGGCCCACAGUCUCAGCAGCAGUUUUCGCCGUCAGCGCAGCAGAUCAGCAGCAGUAAACUUCCCACUCCUCCUUCCUCCACCUCUUCCUCUCUCUCCUCCUCCUCCUCUUCUUCCUCCUCCUCUCCAUCUCUCCCUCUCUCCCAGCUCCUGCUCUCUCCAUCCCGACUCGCACCAGCUGCCACUGUGACCCACAUCUUGGUCCCGAGCUCCAACGUGCCCACUUCCUCUCCGGGUUUCCCCAAACCCAACAUGGCGGCUCAGACGCUGGUGGUGCAGCCGCUUCAGCAGCAGCAGCAGAACGGUGGGGACAAAAUGGCGGGCCCUGUCCCCAUCCAACCCAAAACAGCCCAAAGUGGGCGUCUGCCCUCACAGAUGCCCCCUCGCCACCCUCCGCCCAUCCUCCCGGCUCCACCCACUUCCCACCCCCCACACGUCCCGGUUCAGUUGCUCGGCUCCAGGCAGGGUACGCUGGGAAACUCCCAGGCCGUAGCAGUGCCACAGGCCCGAACCUGCUACUCCCAACAGGACGGCUCCACCCACAACCCCAACCACAGCUCUGCCUCGAAUGCAGUCACCAUGGUAACAGCCAUGGAGACAGGUAGUGCUGGUGUGGGCCUUAAACUGACCAAUCAGAACACAGAACCCAGUCAGAUUGGCUCUUCUGCUGCGAUUCAAACUACAGAUGGAGAGCACAGCAGCAGUGUGGCGCCACCUGCUGGAGAAACUGUAUUUGAACAAACUGGAAACACGCAGAUGAAGCCUGCGAUCGGCUCCUUGAAGAGAAAAUCAGAAUCGGACAUGACGGGUGAGAUGACAUCAGAUACCGCUGCACAGAACUGUCCAUCAAUCCCAGACUCCGCCCCUCCACUCUCUCCUGCUCCCUCAUUGGACACUGCUCCAGAGAUCGCGUUCUCCACUCCGCCGACACUCUCUCUGUCCCUGCCCCACCCUCGAGCUCCUCUCCCCCAGGCUGUGGUCAAACCGCAGGUCCUCACUCACCUUAUCGAAGGCUUCGUCAUUCAGGAAGGAGCCGAGCCGUUUCCCGUGACCGGUCCAAUAAAAGAGCGGGCUGAGGGCGUCCCUGUGCCUCUCUCCAUGCAGCCUGAAAACAGCACCCCCUCUGUGCUGAAGUGUGAGUUCUGUGAGAGUUUUGCUCCUGCCAGUCAGUUCCGCGGAACCAAACGCUUCUGCUCCAAAACCUGCGCUAAGAGGUACAAUGUGAGCUGCAGUCAUCAUUUCCGCAGCAGUCGAGGCCGCAGCGCUGCACCAGUGUACGAUGAGAUCACGAGGCGCAGGGGUCCUCACAGGAGCAGCUCUGAGAUCGCCUGCAAUAAAAUCACUGGGAGACACCUGCCUGUAAAGUGUCGCUCUGAGUCCAGUCGUUCGGAGGACGUCUCCAGCUGUGAAGGUGAAGAAGAAGAGGAAGAAGACUAUCUCUCUCCAGCCUCCUCCUUCUCCUGCUCUCGCCCCGCCCACUGCAGCCCUCAGCUCGACGAGUCAGCACAAGGCGGCCUUCCGUUGGACGGAGACCAUUUCUUGUCCGCUAGCCCCGCCCACUGGAGUGUGGAGGAAGUGUGUCGCUUCAUUUCCUCUUUGCAAGGCUGUGAGGAUCUGGCAGGUCACUUCCUGUCUCAGGAGAUUGAUGGGCAGGCGCUGCUGUUGCUGAAGGAGGAGCAUCUGAUGAGCACCAUGAAUAUUAAGCUGGGCCCCGCCCUCAAGAUCUGCGCCUCCAUCAACAGCCUGAGAGACUGAGGGAGGAGGAGGGCGGGCGGGGCGCAGGGCCGUAACGGAAGGACAAUUAUUUUUGUUUUUCAGUAUAGCAGACCUCAGUAACAGUGAUGACCUUCAGUAUUGACCUGACAGAGAGGACACACGCGGGCGGGGCUGACGGUCUGAGUGCACUGCCAUGCAGCUUUACGUUUGCCUGAAGUUUUCGAAAAAUUCAAAAUACGAUCACAAUAUUCCUUUAUAUAUCCAUGAAACGCUUCUAGGUGAAUUAGGCUCCGCCUCUUGAAGCUCUGGGUCGUAUUUUACCGGACAGGUGUCACGUUCAGGAAGUUUAUCCUAAUUGUACAUCUUUCUUUCUUCACACAUGUCAUUUAUUCGUUCAUAUCCCUCACUCGUUUAUCAGCUGACCUGAGCGUGACCCCUGCUGUCCCUCACGAACGCUGAUGCCUCCAUGACUGUGCGUUCGUUACUGGGCCUUCUGAGUUAGCAUGCUCGCUAAUAAGAGUCCGAUGGAACGGAUCAGAAGUGCAGCGGUGGGUGUCCAGUGCACUCGGACUGAAGCACCCUACGGAGUGCGCACUAGAGUGAGUGUCACUCACAUGGCAGUGGAACGAGGCUGUUAUUCUGGGGUUUAUUUUUGUAUCGUGCUGAAGGAGAGAACUGCGUCACUCAUCAGUAUUAAUGAGGCGCGUGUGUGUGUGUGUGUGUGUGUGUGUGUGUGAGGAGAUGAUGAUGAAGGCAGACCAGAAGUCAUGUGACUCUAAUAGCUAAUCAUUGAGUGUAAAGCAGGAAAGCUUAUUUUUCUCUACAGUAGAUGAGUGUAGGAGGGUUUUUUCUCCCGGUUCUGCUACCCAACAAAAAUCAUCACUUUCUUUUUUUUUUUCUACGUUUUUGUUGAGUGUUAGUGUCAUGACCUUUGGUCUCUCAGUUGCUGUUAGAGGAAGUGCACCUGAGGUAGUGCACUAGUUUACUAGUUUAUUCCUCCACUGUACGAGUCAAUAAAGUGUUAGUUAAGA